AGAGUACAAAAUGAAAACAUAUCCUGCCCUUGGUUUGGGUUCUUCCAGAAAUAGACCUCUAGAGAAGGAUUCUAGCACAAUUAGUUUCUUGGGUACAUGUUCUGUGAGAAGGUGAUGUUGGGAAGAAAGGCAGCCAAUAAGGAGUGUGUGUUAAGCCAACUGCCAGCAUGGAUCUGGAGCUCAAUCCCAUGGGACAUCUGUGGAGAAGAACAGUGUGGAAAGUAUGCCCCGAAUGAUCCCUCUUAAGGCCUAAGGGGGCUGGGCUCUUGUUUACAACAGCUUUAUUGACGUAUAAUGUUCCCACCAGGAUAGUGACCCAUUCUAAGUGUGUGGUGAUUUUUGGCCGAUUAGAGUGUGCUGUAACUUGCACUGCAAUCCACUACAAAAAUAGUUUGGUUUCCUGCAGUAUGCCCCACGGAUCUGUCUCUUGCUUCAACAGUGUCUGGAUGGAACGGAUGCAGGGACGCCCCUUCUACCAGCCUCCUGACCACCCUCCAACCUUUUUUCCAGUCACAACCUUUGGAGCCAUCUUCUCGGCCAUCCUUUGCCUCUGGGACUGGCCAACACCCUAUUUUGAGCUUAGCUCCUUCUUACCCAUCAACCGUGAGCUCCCCGGAUUCCUCAGAAUUAUUUCACCGAGGUGUAGGGAGCUGUCAGCCUCCUGGUCAACACGCACCUGCAGGCCUCCUACACCUACCUCUCUCUGGGCUUCUAUUUUGACCGUGACAAUGGGAAUCUGGAGGGCAUGGGUCAUUUACUUCCACGUGUUGGCAAGGGUGCAAGGGUGUGGAGUGUCCCCGGAAGUUGCCCAGGCAGCCACACCCUCUUCCAGGACCAGGACCAGGCAGAAGCUGUUCCAGGAUGAGAGUAAUAAAACCCUGGACGCCACAGACACCGCCCUGGUUCUGGUGAAGAAUCUGAACCGGGCCCGUUUGGCUCUGCGUGCCCUGGGUUCUGCCUGUGCGGGCCCCCAUCUCUGUGACUUCCUGGAGGACCAGGAUGAGAAGGGGAUCAAGAAGACGGGUGACCACCUGACUCACCCCUGCAGGCGGGAUGGCCCCCAGGCUGGGCUGGGCGAGUAUUUCUUCUAA